AUGGACUCGUCCCGGAUCGGACUGGACUUCAUCGUCGAGCACCCGGACUACAUCAGGAAGCUGGCGGCCGCCCUCGACACCCCAAACGCGACCGUCAAGAAGCAGGUGUUCGAGCUGCUGUCCGCCCUUUGCGUGCACAACGAGGAUGGGCGGUCGAGGGCGCUUGACACCCUAGAUCACUAUAAGAAAUUGAAAGGUGAGAGAUAUAGACUGAACCUGUUAGUCCAGGAACUGGAUCGAGCCACUUCCGUGGACUAUCAAACCGCUCUGGUAGCAUUCAUCAACUGCCUUAUCAUAUCCACGCCACGGCUGUCCGACAGAACUAGGUUAAGAAACGAAUUUAUAGGAUGUCAUCUCCUUCCGGUGCUCAACAAUCUCAGGAAAUGUGCGGAGGCGGAACCAGAAUUAGCUGUCCAGUUGGACGUUUUCGACGAGCAGCGGGACAGCGAUGAUGCACAAACCCUUCAGGGACCACAUGGUGUUGAUCUCAAUUCGCCCCUGGACGUUUUUUACGCUAUACUCAAACAGGUGGCAGAAACCCCGCAGGAAAUUCCCUUCCUCGCCAUCCUGCAGCACCUGUUGCGAGUCGACCCGAAGGAGCCAAUCAGCGACCUGGUGUGGGACACGGCGGAGCGGCUCGUGCAUCGCGCCACCCUUCUGGAGCACCGCGAAGACGCCGCCCGUCUGCUGAGGUCGCCGAGCGCCGCCUCCAAGGUCUUCUGUCAUUGCCAGACGGGCAGGCGGCAGUCGGUGGGCGGGGGGCCGCUAAGUCCGACGCCGGGGCCGCCUCCACCGCCACCUCUAGGACCAGUUCUACCUCCGCCUCCUCCACCGCCUCCCAACAUUCCGCCGCCGCCCAGCAUACCCGCCCCUUUAGCGCCCGCCCCCCCUCCUCCCCAACACAAACACAGAGCGCCCGCCCCGCCCUCCCACAACGAAAACGAUGCUGUGAUAGAAAAACUACCCCAACAAGAGAUACCUGCGCCGAGGACGAAGAUGAAGACCAUCAACUGGAACAAGAUACCCAAUAACAAGGUGGUUGGAAAAAACAACAUAUGGACCCAGGUCGCCUACAAUCACCAGAAUUCCCCUAUGGCGGACAUGGAUUGGUCGGAGAUGGAGGGCUUGUUUUGCCAACAAGCGCCCACGUCAGCGCAUUCUUCGCCGAAAUUAGGUCACAGGGAUUCCUCCGAUAACUUGGACAAAAGAAUGAGGAAGGAAUCGUCGGAGAUUACCCUUUUGGAUGGCAAAAGAAGUCUGAACGUGAACAUAUUCCUCAAACAAUUUAGAAGCUCAAACGAAGAUAUCGUCCGAUUGAUUCGGGAAGGGGAACAUGACGAUAUCGGCUCGGAAAAGCUCAAAGGUCUUUUGAAGCUUUUACCUGAAGUGGACGAACUCGACAUGUUGAAAUCCUUCACUGGGGAUUUCAACAAACUAGGAAAUGCUGAGAAGUUUCUCAUACAAUUAACAAAUCUACCAAAUUAUAAACUAAGGAUCGAAAGUAUGUUGCUCAAAGAAGAAUUUGCUUCGAACAUGGGCUAUCUUGAACCUAGUAUCAAUUCUAUGAUAAUAGCUUCUCAAGAUUUGAUGACAAACAAACCCUUACAAGAAGUUUUAUAUAUGGUAGUCAUAGCUGGAAAUUUCUUGAACUCUGGCGGUUAUGCUGGUAAUGCCGCUGGAGUAAAGUUAUCAUCACUACAAAAAAUAACGGAUAUUAGAGCGAAUAAACCGAAUAUGAAUCUCAUACAUUUUGUUGGCUUGCAAGCUGAGCGUAAAAACAAAAACCUACUCACAUUCACGGAUAAUAUUGGUGUGUUAGAAGAUGCUGCAAAGACAACAGUGGAACAACUACAUAACGAAAUCAAUGCAUUAGAUGUUAGAAUAAAAAAAAUUCGAAAGCAAAUUGAAAUGCCAACGACUGAGGCAGAAAUCAAAGAUCAAAUGACAGAUUUUCUUCAGAUGGCUGAAAGGGAAGUCAGCAUUUUACAACGAAACCUGGGAGAAUUAGAACACGUACGACGACAACUAGCUGAUUUUUUCUGCGAAGACGUCAACUCCUUCAAACUAGAAGAGUGUUUCCGGAUUUUCCAUGGGUUCUACUGUAAGUUCAGGCAGGCCGUUUUAGAGAACGAGAGGAGAAGAAUCCAAGAGGAACAGGCGUACGAAAGAAGGAGGCAAAGAGAAGAAUUGCUAGCCACCAAACGAAGACAAAUGGAAAGUUUGGCCGGUACUCCCGAUUCGGAGGCUUUCAGUAUCGAUAUGCAGAUUUACGAUACAAGAUCGACGUUCCCAAUGAAGAAAGGAAGGAAAAGUGCCAACGGUAGCGGUAUGUCCGAGGACGAGAACUCAGUGAACGGUUCGCCUUCUUUUUCGAGGCGCAGACUCGGUUCCUUCAACGGAAAUUCUGUGGAAAUUGGUAUUGGCGGAAAAGAGGAAAAAUCACCAGACAUAACUCCAAAUGGUAGUCUUCGAAGACGCAGAAGUAGGGUUCUUUCUGAAGAUGAUGAAGGAAAUCUGAUGGACUUUUUACGAGCAUCUGGCAGCGAUAACAAUAGAGAAAGAAAAUCGUGGGGAAGUCUUGACCGUUCCUGGGCUAGGAAGGCUCGAGGCAGCGGCCCCCGCAAACGGCCCGCCCUUCUUUCGGCGGACUUCUCCUCGGACCGCGAGCGGCCCUCGUCCCCCUCCCCGCUGACGGAGAGCAAGCCCCUGGUGGGGGCGGCACCGGUGGAGGAGGAGGCCGCCCCUACAGCUCCGGCCGCCCCGGCUGCCCGGCCGCGCGAGUGGCGGCAGAAGAUCGAGUCGUGGCUGCAGGCGAACGAUAACGAUGCGAGCGAUGAGCAGAAGAGGCAGGCGAGGCGGGGGGCGGUGAACAGGCGGUCGCUUGAGGUGGAUUCCGAAAGUGAAAGAAGCAGCACAUUGGAUACCCUGCCUGAGGGAAAGCAAGUUUACAGUGGCAGUCAGUCGAAUUAUAGGAAAGCCUAUCCUGCCUGGAAACCUUCGAGCACCAUCGAUAGCACCGAUGUUGUUAGUGCCAUGGAAGCUGUGGAAGAAGUGCAACCACAAAUAAAAGACAAAUCGGCGUGGCGCAAAUCGACGCUGAACGUGUCGAACAGCACGGAGGCCACCAGAGAGGACGCCUCGUACCUCGGCCGCCCCACUGCCGCCCCCACUACCCCUCAAAAAGAGAAGACCCUCCACUCGAUAGACGAGGACGGGGCGGUCGAGCGCAAGAGCCUGAUCUCGUCGUUGGGCGGCCGGGCGGCCACCGACCGGCUCACGCUGUAUAUCAGGAGGGCGGACGACGCGGGCGGGGGAGAGAGGAGGGCGGGUGGCGGUGGAGGAGGGGCGGCGAGGCGGGGCAGAGAGGCGCAGCAGCGGGAGGGGGUGGAGACGAACGGGUGCAAUAACAAGGGCGAAAUCGACCAGGACAACAUAGAAACGCCUCCGGCCGUCAGGAAGGUGUUCAUACCGACGCCCGUCGACAAGCGGGAGCCGCUGAUGCCGACUCCGUGCAGCAGGCGGGCAGGCAGGGCGAACUCCAACAGGGAAACUCCCACGACCUUGAGUCCCGUGGACCCCGAUGAGAACUUCGUACUCGGUGACGGGCAAUUCGAUAGAUACUCCGCUGCCAGACGCACCAGACGCUACAAACGCAACCAGGACACCGUCAAUGCGGACAUCGCCUCGCCCACCGACUCCUCCAAGUCCUCCGAUAGCCCCGCCUCCAAAUCUCCCCCAGUCCUAAAGUCUCCCCCCGCCCUCAUAUCUUCACCGGCGGACAUCGAGUCCGCCCGAGAGACGGCGGCAGUGGCCGAGUCGGAGGCAGAGAAAGAGAUGCGGUUGAGGGCGUGGCAGGAGAAGUUGAGGGGGCAGGGCGAGCAGCAGCAGGAGGGUGGGGGUGGGGCGGGUAAGGCGCGGAGGUACAGGAACCAGACGGGGAUCAGGCCGGCGGAUGUGGUGAGGGCGAUGCGGCUGGGCAAGGAGAACGGGGAGGUGUCUAAGAGUUAUAUUUCGCCUGAAACGACAAAGGUGGUAUCGAACAAGAUAGACAUCCCCUCCUCCAGAAAAACCAAAGAACACGACAACGACGAGGGCUUCGAAGAGACCCAAAGCCUGAUGUCCGAGUCGCCCAGCCAGGGCGCCUCUUCGGGAGGCAACUACGAGACCGACAUCAUCGACAGCCCCAAGAUAGUGGUCGCCAACCAGGCCAACCCUAAACCACUCAAACCCACAGAAACUAGGACGGCCAAAAUCACACCGGCACAAAAACGAACGAGGACGCCCUCGCAAGAAGUAGCUACGAACAGGAAGAGUGUCAUUCCCAGAAGGACUGACAGCGUCAAGAGGAUCGACCAGAAGCCGGCGGCGGCCUCUGGUAGGCCGUCCGGCAUCCAGAAAUCCGGUUCGAGGAACUCGAUAGUGAGCUCGAGGAGCUCCCUGAACAGCGCCACGUCGACCAAUACGGUGAAGAAGCUGCCGCUCAGGCCGAACACCAGCAGCAAUCUGGCGCGGCCAGUGCAGAGGACACCGAGUGUCAGGUCCGCGACCUCUUCGGUGAAGAGCAACCUGAAGAGGUCGAGUUCGAGCAGCGGCGGAGGAGGAGGGGUGGGAAGCCGCCCUCCGAGGCCGCAAGCCAUGAGCUUCAUGAAGCCGACGGCUUCGAGUACGACCAAGAGCAGUCAGGCUGCUACCACUAGCAGGAUAGGUUCUUUCAGGCAGAAGAAUUGA